UUUCUGGUAGGCAGCUGUUCGCAGUCUCCAAAAGUUGCUUUUUUAAAGCUUUCGGCUUUUUAGGGUUUUUCAUUUCAUUCAAGCUCGUAUAUUUAGAGAGAGAGAGAGAGCCUUUGAUUCUAAUCAGAAAUGGCGCUCCUCAGAUCCACCGCCGCCGCUGCUCCGUUGAUCGAAGCCUCUCGCUCCACCCUCUCUUUCUCCUCCACCUCCGCCUCCUCCAAGGUGUCAAGUGUUGGAUUUGGGCGCAAUUUGAGCUGUUCAAAGGCGCAGUCAUCAAUCUUCGGGGCUUCUAUCUCAUCCGGCUCGUCUUCUUUACAGACAAGUAGCGGCAGGAGUGUCCAGCCUAUUAAAGCCACGGCGACCGAAUAUCCUCCCACGAUUCAGAGAUCAGGGAGUGGUGGGAAGAUCAAAAUUGGAAUCAACGGUUUUGGUCGCAUUGGGCGGUUGGUUUUAAGAGUAGCAACCACCAGGGAUGAUAUUGAAGUGGUGGCUGUGAAUGAUCCUAUGGUUGAUCCUAAGUACAUGGCUUACAUGUUUAAGUACGACUCUACACAUGGAGUUUUUGAUGGAUCUAUUAGUGUUGUGGAUGAGUCUACUUUGGAAAUAAAUGGAAAGGAGAUCAAAGUUGAGAGCAGAAGGGACCCUGCAGAGAUCCCCUGGGGAAGUUAUGGGGUUGAUUAUGUAGUUGAAUCUUCUGGGAUUUUCACCACUCUUGAGAAGGCUGCAUUACAUAAAAAGGGUGGUGCAAAGAAAGUGGUUAUAUCAGCUCCAUCAGCUGAUGCACCUAUGUUUGUUGUAGGAGUAAACGAGAAUAAAUACAAGCCAAAUAUGGAUAUAGUUUCUAAUGCGAGUUGUACCACGAAUUGCCUUGCACCACUAGCCAAGGUGAUUCAUGAGGAAUUUGGCAUUCUCGAAGGUCUGAUGACAACUGUGCAUGCAACUACAGCAACACAGAAAACAGUUGAUGGCCCAUCAAAGAAGGAUUGGAGAGGUGGCCGAGGUGCUGCACAGAAUAUCAUUCCUAGUUCAACUGGUGCUGCAAAGGCUGUUGGAAAAGUUCUACCUGAACUCAACGGAAAGCUGACUGGUAUGGCUUUCCGUGUCCCAACUCCUAAUGUAUCUGUUGUAGAUUUAACUUGUCGACUUCAGAAGGGUGGUUCUUAUGAGGAUGUCAAAGCAGCCAUCAGGUAUGCUGCUGAUGGACCACUAAGAGGCAUUCUUGGAUACACCGAUGAAGAUGUGGUUUCCAAUGAUUUUGUUGGCGACUCAAGGUCCAGCAUCUUUGAUGCCAAGGCUGGAUUAGCACUGAGUCCCACCUUUGUUAAACUUGUUUCGUGGUAUGACAACGAAUGGGGUUACAGCAACCGCGUUUUGGACCUCAUAGAGCACAUGGCAUUGGUGGCAGCUUAAGGAUCAAUGGGUAGUUGAGUUCCACCACAAUUUUCUAGCCGUUACUGCUUGCUAUGUAAUCGGCUGAAGAGUAGUUAUACAAAAUUGAUCUCUGUAUUUCUUUUUCUCUUCUUUUUUAAACAAAGUGAGAUUUGGACAUGACAUAGUUCUGCUUGAAAUAAUGAAAAUUUGAUCUGUAUGAGCUCAGAUUAUUUGGCUA